CCCACUCUCUGCGCCGUUAUCUCAUACGCGGUUGCAUCUAUAUUUUUUUGUGUUCUACUCGGUGUCGCAGGGAUCAUAAGACUGAGAGUCGAGUAAAGGAUAUCCGAAAGCUCGCUGAAAGACACUGCGCGAAGCGUGUUCCCCGUUCGCUAUUAGCUCGAGCGCUGCGCCAACUUCUACGAGACCUGACAGACACGCGCUUGUCGCAUAGCCAACAUGGGUGUUCCCGCCCUUUUCCGAUGGCUUUCCAACAAGUAUCCGAAGAUUGUCUCUUCGGUGAUUGAGGAACUGCCUCAGGAAGUGAAUGGAGAGGUGAUUCCGGUCGACGGCACGCGUCCCAACCCCAACGGCGAGGAGAUGGACAAUCUUUACCUGGACAUGAACGGUAUCGUCCACCCAUGUACCCAUCCAGAGGGCAGGCCUCCACCCGCCAAUGAGCAGGAGAUGAUGCUGGAGAUCUUUACGUACACCGACCGUGUGAUCAACAUGGUCCGGCCGAGAAAACUGCUUAUGAUUGCUAUCGAUGGUGUUGCACCAAGAGCCAAGAUGAACCAGCAGCGCGCACGCCGAUUCCGCUCCGCCCAAGAAGCCCGAGAGAAUGACGAGAAGAAGGAGGAGCUUCAGAAGCUACUCGACAAGCAACAAAGCAAGAAGACUGGUGAUGCCGCUAUCAGAGAAGAAGUCAUCCAGAAGACGUGGGAUAGCAACGUGAUCACACCCGGAACUCCCUUUAUGGAUAUUCUCGCCGCCUCGCUGCGCUAUUGGAUUGCCUACAAGCUUAACACUGAUCCAGCAUGGGAGAAGAUGAAGAUCAUUAUCUCCGACGCAACAGUUCCCGGAGAGGGAGAACACAAGAUCAUGGAGUUCGUGCGUUCUCAACGCGCAUCUCCAGAGCACGAUCCCAACACCCGCCAUGUAAUUUACGGUCUUGAUGCGGAUCUGAUCAUGCUGGGUCUUGCUACUCACGAGCCCCACUUCCGGGUUCUGCGUGAGGAUGUCUUCUUCCAGGAGUCGAAGCCUCGGACUUGUAGACUAUGUGGUCAGGUUGGGCACAAAGCUGAGGAGUGCACAGGUAAAGCGAAGGAGAAGAGUGGAGAGUUUGAUGAAAAGCAACACGCUUCCCCGCUGAAGCCAUUCAUUUGGCUUCACGUCUCUGUACUUCGAGAAUACCUGGCUGUCGAGAUGCAGGUUCCUCAGCAACCGUUCCCCUUCGAUCUUGAGCGCGCACUGGACGACUGGGUUUUCAUGUGUUUCUUCGUUGGAAACGAUUUCUUGCCUCAUUUGCCUUCAUUAGAUAUCCGUGAGAAUGGUAUCGAUACUCUGAUUGCCAUCUGGCGAGACAACAUUCCGGCUAUGGGUGGAUAUCUGACCCAGGACGGCCAUGUUGAUCUGAAACGGGCUCAGCUGAUUUUGCAGGGUCUGGCUAAGCAAGAGGACGCUAUCUUCCGGCGCCGUCGGCAGGCGGAAGAAAGAAAGGCGGCCAACGAGAAGAGACGCAAGGAGCAAGAUCAGGCUCGGAAUGAAGAGCGUGCUCGCAAGCGAAGACGUAGCUCUCCCGUCUAUGAUGCCAACGCCAAACAGCGCUCCAAGGGUGAGGCUGACCCAGACCCAACUGGCGGCCUGGAACUCAUCAAGCCCUCUCGUGCACACUUGACGAAGGAGGACAAAGACCUGACCCACAGUAUGAUUGUCAACCGCGGAGCCAUAUAUCGUGCCAACAUGGAGAACAAGAGCGCUGCUGCUGUAUUGAAGAGCAAACUUAUGAAGGGCAGUCAGAGUGAGCCCGUGGCUGACGAAGUCCCUGCUACAGCGGAGAACGAGGAAGGCGCUGCUGAGCCGACGUCUCCCUCCGUUCUCGGAAAGAGAAAGGUCGAUGAAUCAACGGAGGCAACUGAGCAAGAGACAGAAGACGCAGGAACUCCCGGUCGAGAUUCACCUGCCGUGCCUCCUCCAAAGCCCAACAACAAUGAUGAAAUGCCACCAGACACUGUCAAGCUGUGGGAGCCAGGUUAUGCGGAUCGGUACUAUGAGCAAAAGUUCGGUGUCGAUCCCCAGGACCAUGAGUUCCGCCACAAGGUCGCUCGUGCGUACGCCGAAGGCCUUGCUUGGGUCCUUCUCUACUACUUCCAGGGCUGUCCUUCUUGGGACUGGUACUACCCGUAUCACUAUGCUCCGUUCGCUGCCGACUUUGUCGAUAUUGCGGACAUGGUCAUUGAGUUUGACAAGGGCAAGCCAUUUAGGCCCUACGAGCAGCUGAUGGGAGUCUUGCCAGCGUCGUCGAACCACGCGCUGCCUAAGGUCUUCCAUGAUCUCAUGAGCAACCCGGAAAGUGAGAUCAUUGACUUUUACCCAGAGGAUUUCGCUUUGGAUCUGAAUGGCAAGAAAUUUGCCUGGCAGGGUGUGAUUCUUCUUCCUUUCAUUGACGAGAAGCGCCUUCUCGCUGCGAUGGAAAAGGUCUAUCCUCUAUUGACUGAUGAAGAGCGAAUCCGCAACACCCACGGCCAGGAAGUGCUGUUGAUGUCAGAACAACACCCUCUUUAUCAAGAUCUAGUAGGCAACUUCUAUUCCAAGAAGCCUGGGCCGCCUGAGUACAAGCUCAACAUGCGCAUCAGCGAAGGCCUCGGUGGCCUGGUUGAGCGCAAUGAUACUUAUAUUCCUCACGGCUCUCUUGUCUCACCUCUGCAGGAGUAUGGCAUGCCGAGUCUCGAUGACGACCACACUCUCACUGUCAACUAUAAGAUCCCCAAAUCUACUCACAUUCACAAGUCCAUGCUACUUCGCGGUGUGAAGUUUGCGACCCCGAUGCUGAACUCCGCUGAUAUUCGCGCGGUUAAGGGCCGGGCCCAGCACUCCGGACGUUCAUACGGUGGCGCACCACUUAACGGCCGCGGACGUGGUGGCCACAUGGACUACUCAUCAGAUCGGCCGAAUCCGUUCGCCGCGCAUCUUGAUCCGCGAUUCAUGCAUGCACCUCCGGGCGGUAUGCCACCCAUGCCCUCUGGAUGGGUACCUCCUGCCCCAGGGGCUGGUGACUACUCCAGGGGUCCACCUGGGCCUCCUCGUGGCGGAAUGAACCAUCAAUACCCCUCGCACCAAGGUCCUGGCCAAUAUCAAGGUCAUCAAGGUUACAACCAGGGACCCAACCAAGGUUAUCAAGGGUACCAAGGCCAACAAGGCCAAGGAAAUCAAGGACAACAAGGAUAUUAUGGUGGCUACCAGGAUCGGGGUAGAGGCGGCGGAGGCAACGGUGGUCAUCGUGGAGGCAGGUUCCGAGGCCAGAACCGUGAUAAUUAUGGCGGUCACCGCGGUGGAGGUGGUGGUGGUGGUGGUGGAGGUUACAACCGCUACUAGAGGGGGGACGGAGUCCUGACUCUGUCAUCCUCGCUAUGAAUCUUGCUGUAUCUACUAGCAUAUUUUAGGAUCCGCGAAAGGAUUGGACGGGAAACGGUGUUUUGAGGCUUGUAAAAUGUUUUUAAUAAAAAUCGGUACAUGGAUUUUAGUUUAUUCCACAAAGCAUUCUGGU